AUGGAAGCCGCCGCGGGAGCGGUGCUGUCUACAGCGCACGAGCUCUACACCCGAGCCAACGACACCUCUACCGACACAUCCAAGGACGAGCGCCCGCCCGUAUACAAAGUAAUAGGUAUCUGCCUGGCUAUUGGCUCUGGCCUGUUUAUCGGAACGUCGUUCGUGCUCAAGAAGGUCGGACUGCUCAAGGCCAAUGAGAAGUACCAGGAAGAAGCCGGCGAGGGAUAUGGCUAUCUCAAGAACGCCUUCUGGUGGUCAGGAAUGACCCUUAUGAUUUUGGGCGAGGUUCUCAACUUCGUCGCAUACGCAUUCACAGAUGCCAUCCUCGUCACGCCAAUGGGAGCCCUGUCCGUUGUUAUCACCAGCAUUCUCUCGGCCAUAUUCCUCAAGGAAAGGUUGAGCAUGGUCGGCAAGGUCGCUUGCUUCCUGUGCAUUGUGGGCUCCGUCGUCAUCGUCAUGAAUGCGCCCGAGGAGUCUUCGGUCGCGGACAUCCAGGAGAUGCAGAAAUUCGUCAUCGCGCCCGGCUUCCUUAGUUACGCUGGCGUCAUUAUCGUUGGCUCCGCCAUUGUCGCCUAUUUUGUUGGGCCCAAGUAUGGAAAGAAGAACAUGAUGGUGUACAUCUCCAUUUGCAGCUGGGUUGGAGGCCUAAGUGUCGUGGCGACCCAGGGCCUGGGCGCUGCGAUUGUCGCGCAGAUUGGCGGGAAACAACAAUUCAACCAGUGGUUCAUCUACGUUUUGUUGGUGUUCGUCAUUGGAACGCUCCUGACGGAGAUCAUCUUCUUGAACGCAACAUUAAACAUCUUCAAUGCCGCAAUGGUCACACCAACCUAUUACGUUUACUUCACCAGCACCACCAUCAUCACAUCUGCCGUGCUAUUUCAGGGCUUUAAAGGGACCGCUUCCUCGAUUGUGACCGUUGUCAUGGGUUUUCUCACUAUCUGCUCCGGGGUGGUCCUGCUACAGCUGUCAAAAUCCGCCAAAGAUGUGCCCGACGCCGCAGUUUUCAGUGGUGAUCUUAACCAGGUCCGUACAAUUGCUGAACAGGAGCAGGCUGAGUCGGAGCCCAAGGCAGACGCUAUUCGAGGCGCCGCUGCUCUGGUGCGCCGCUUCUCCACAACACGUGAGAAGAUGGAGAUAGAAGAGUUGAAGCGAAUUCGUGCCGAGAAGGAGCAGGAGCGGCUCGAGGCGGUCAGCGAGGACGGACAGCCGCAAUUCGAAUGGGACGGUUUGCGGAGGCGCAGAACAACGCUCGGAAGUCAACAUAGUAGGCAGAUAACGACGCCGCAGAACUUCCCCAUGACACCGAAUACCGGAAGCUCACACCCCCCACUUGGCAUGUCGCACUUUCCAACCGACCAAGAACUCGCCGAGCAAGAUAGACCGUUUAGUGCAGGCCUUUCUAGUAUCAUGGGUACGAUCCGGUCGCGCGCUACGAGUGUGUUGCCAGGACAUCCGGAGUUCAGACAGUCUUCACUGGGGAGCGACUCGUCGAACGCCCUGAACAUUUCUGCCAAUAAGAUCCAAAGCCCCAUGCACCCUGUGCAGCUGACCGAAAUUUCUGUGGCCCACGGCGGCGCUUAUGGGGUGCCCGCUGGCGUUAAGACCGACUACGACCCGGGAUCACACGGCUCUUCCGACAGCAUCGGUGCCCCUGGGAGACACAUCCAGUUCGGCGGCGAGACCAGGCACACACCAGACAACGCGAGCCUUGCGCCCCCCACGCCACCGCCGCAUGGUCAGCAGCACUCAGCCAGAAGACAAUUUUCCUUCCAGAACGUCUUUAAGCGAAACCGCGACCACGGAAACGACGGGGCAGAAGAGAGGCCUACAAGUUCUAAAUCCACGAGCAGGCCAAUAUCCAGCAGGGGAUACAGUGCCCCGCACGCAAAGACCGCGACUGAAGAGGAACGUUUAGGUCUCGUAAAGGGCGACAGUAACGACCGAGGGCCUGGUUACUCAUCAACUCCGGCGUUGCCCUUGUACGAGGAGGAUGACUUCGAGGGGUCCGACGAGUAUCCGUACGAUGACGACGCAUUGUACAGUGACGAUAAAAUGACGCGCUAUGGACGUGGUAUCACAGACAGUCCGCCGAGGGGAAGAUCCGGUAGCGGCGACUCAAGUGAGAAGGGGAGCGAGCCUCAGAGAAGCAGAUGGAACGAGGGCCGUGGCAGGGACCAAACGCCACCAACACCGCCGCCCAAGCCACCGGCACACGGAGGUGGUGCAUAUAUAUGA